UUAGAUACAACGUCACUAUAAUACUAGCGGUUGUUCAUGUCAUUUUGGUAAUUACAAAGUUUGGUGCUAACUGGUACCCCUGGAGGCCCCUGGUCCAGCCUCAAGGUCAUUACAGUAUAUGCCAUCUCCAGUAUAGUGGCUGCUGGCGACGGGACCACUACUACAUUUUUGUCACCAACAACACUCUCUUGUACGUCAUGUUAGGCGUAGUGAGGCUGGGGCUGGUGCGGGCUGUGUGGCGCCCAGCGCCUCCCUGGUCACGUGCCCUCUCAGUCACAGUCACAUCUCACCAAGUAACAGCAGCAGCAGAGCAGACGUCAGCAGUAAAACCGCUCUCUGCAGUACCAGGACCACCAAGUUACCCUUUUGUGGGGACUUCUCCCUCCAUGCUACUAGACAAAUCCUUCUCUAAGAGAAAGAUUCACAUCUACUUCCAAAAGAUGGUUGAGAAGUAUGGCCCCAUUGUUAAAUUAUCGCAGCCAUUUAUGCCCCCGAUGGUGCUAGUGUCCCGCCCUGACGACGUGGAGACUGUGAUACGAGCCACCAUGGACAACCCUAUUAGGGACGGCUUCACUUCCUUCCAGAAGAUCAGGGAGGAGGCUGUCAACAACUACUUCGAGAAUAAAACUGGAAUAUUGACUGAGAAUGGGGAGGAGUGGUGGAGAGUCCGCAGCCGAGUGCAGACGAAUAUGAUGAGGGUCAAGGAGGUGGUGCACUAUCUGCCUGUCAUGGAUCAAAUUACUUUGGAGUUCAUGGACAGAAUUUCAUCACUUCAGUCCCAGUUUGGAGAAAUGCCGAGUGAUUUCCAGAAUGAAUUAUACAAGUUUGCUCUUGAGUCUGUUGCUUCUGUGGCAUUGAAUCGUCGGCUUGGGUGUCUGGACCCAAACAUUGCAGAGGACUCUGAACCCAUGAAGAUGAUCAAAUUGGUAAAUGUAUUAUUUCAUUCUCUGAAUGACGCAGAAUUCAGCGCUCACCUUUGGAAGGUGUUCCCGACCCCGUCCUUCAAGAGGCUCAAGAACAGUCACCAGGAGUUCUUAGAAAUUGCGGACAGGAACAUACGCGAGACGGAGACUGAGCUGCUGGCCAAGCCUGCUGGUGAGGGCCAGGAGGUGACGCUGAUGGAGGCGCUGCUCCUCAAGCCGGGACUCACCCGUAAGGACGUCGUCACCCUCAUUCUCGACAUGCUCUUCGCCGGCAUCGACACGACCUCCCACACGCUGGCCUUCGCUCUGUACCAGCUGGCCAGGAACCCGGAGGCGCAGGCACGGCUGCAGGAGGAGGUGGACGCGGUGCUCGGCGACCAUCGGGGACCCCUCACACGGCAACACUUGGCUCAGUUCUUCUACCUCAAGGCUGUCCUCAAAGAGUCCAUGAGAGUACUUCCCACAGUGAUGGGGACGAGCAGAACCCUGGAUAAGGAUCUUGUCCUCGGUGGAUACUUAAUUCCUAAAGGGUGGUCAGUGAUGAUCAUGACCAUGACGAUGGGCUGGGAUGAGUCGAUAUUCCCUCGGGCGAAGGAGUUCCUUCCUGAGCGCUGGAUGAGGAACAAGCCUCUGGGGCCCAUCAACCCCUUCGCCACCCUUCAGUUCGGAGCUGGAACCCGGAUGUGUAUCGGUCGACGCAUUGCUGAACAAGAAAUGUUCACAUUCCUCAUCAGGGUGAUGCAGCGCUUCACUGUUGAUUACAAGUAUGAAGACAUAGAGCUUGAGAGUCGCCUGGUGUUCGCUCCCUCACAGCCGCUCAGGUUCACCUUCACCCCCAGGAACUGACACCCGGGGAUAUGUCUAGCUCCUCAUGCUUAACACACUCAUACUCUAGGAGGGGAACCCGGCGGUGCCCGGGACAGUCUCUCUCUCUCUCUCCCCACCCUUAUCCUACCUCUCUUCUUUUCUCCUAUCCCCACAUACCCUUAUGCCCCGCCCCCCUCCC